AUGCCUGAAAGUUGCACGGAUAAUUAUUGAAGGGCAUCUCCUGUUCAAGAAGAGCUAAACAAGUUGCCGGAUUGCAGUGUCAAAAUGGUGUUUAUGGACGUGGCGCCGAGUCUUGUGCGCUGGUUGACGGCUCUGGUCGUCCUUGCGAUUAAAGGACACAGCCGCGAAGUGACGGUGACCUUCAAUGCCUCGAAAAUGAACCUGCAAGUGGAGGACAGCUGCGGUGGCAGCCUGUUGAAGGAUAUGCUGACAAGAAUGGAACUUCCUCCAAAGUUUUCUGAUUGA